AAGGCCUAGAUCUUGGCAGGUGUUGGUUUGGGGAAAGCUUAAAGGACGGCCACCACCGGCACCCAACACGUUCCCUCCCUCUCACCAAAGAUGGCCUCACUCGCUGUCCUCCCUCCGCCUCUUCCUUCUCCUUCUCCUCUCUCGAAGAGAAGACUUUCUUUCUCUUCUCUCAGGCUUCGAGCUUCCUCGUCCUCCCCCUCUCCUCCGUCUCCUGAGCCCGAGCCAAAGGUCGUCGUCACCAGAGCGCGAGGCAAGAAUUCCAAGCUCAUCGACGCUCUGGUACUCCUUCUCUUGCCCGCAAAGCAUGACAUACACUGUUUAGAGUUUCCACUGAUUAAGCACACAAAAGGGCCUGAUGCAGAUAGGCUUUCAGCUCUCUUACGUGACGCCAUGUUUGAUUGGAUUGUCAUCACUUCUCCCGAAGCUGGUGUAGUGUUUCUUGAUGCAUGGAAGGCUGCUGGAAAACCCAAUGUGCGAAUUGGGGUAGUUGGAUCUGGUACCGCAAGUAUUUUCCAUCACAUAUUGCAACUACCAGAUCAAUCUCUUAAAAUUGCAUUUUCUCCUUCAAAAGCAACAGGCAAAUUAUUGGCUUUGGAGCUCCCAAAGUUCGGUCGCACGAAUUGUACAGUUUUAUAUCCUGCAUCUCUGAAGGCUGGCAAUGAAAUUGAAGAAGGCCUGUCGGAUCGAGGGUUUCAGGUCACGAGGCUGAAUACAUAUAACACUAUAGCUAUUCAAGAUGUAGAUCAGAUGGUUCUAAAGCAAGCUGUUUCUGCUCCAGUAGUUGCAGUAGCCUCUCCUUCUGCAGUGCGGGCCUGGAUUAAUAUCAUCUCGAAUUUGGAAGAUUGGGACAACUCUGUUGCUUGCAUUGGUGAGACAAGUGCUUUGGCUGCAAAGAGAUUAGGACUAAAGAAUGUAUAUUAUCCAGCAAACACUGGUUUUGAAGGGUGGGUUGACAGCAUCUUUGAAGCUCUAAGAAUUCACAAUCACCCACAAAAGACAUGAAAGAGCCUGUCAUUCAUGGAAAUUCAUGCACUACAACAGCAGCCUAUGCAUGCCUGUUAUUGUUAAGGAGUCUGCAAAGAAAGGUAUGCUUGUCUGAAUUUUGAAAGAUCUCUUAUAAGAAUUUAUAUUACAUGCAAUCUUUUGGUCUAGUCCUUUAUGAAGAGGUUAUCCUGUAAGUAAGUGUCCUGCGGCUGUUUAAUAAUGCAAGUUAAACAGAUUCAUGCCUGUGCAACUUGUAUUACUUUUGACAUUUACUCUGACUAUAUAGCAUCACUUACUAGUAGAUGAUUUCAUGAUCUCCUACUCCACUAAUACUUGAGCUGCAUUUUCAACAGAGUGGAAGGACUAGUUUUGGCAUAUUCACAGAGCAACCAGCAAUUACAGUGAGAUCAUUGUUAAUGCUCUAUUGGUAGCUUGCACCCAGGUCCCCCACCUGUCAGAUAUGAAUAGUUAGGCGAGCCAUAGAUAACUGUCACGAAGCCUCAUUCAAUGCACAGAAGCAAGCCAUGACAAUUCUCAGAAGUUGUUUGAAUCUUGUAAUUUUCAACUUCAAUCAUAUUCGCUUAUGAUUGUAUCAAGUCUUCACAUAAACCAUUAUAUUUAAUAUGCUAAUUUAAAAAUUUAAAUUAAACAUGG